ACUCUCAUCUAAAUAAAAUUUCUGAUACUAACCCACAACUUGAUCUCUACAACAUUAGCGAUAUUUAUAUUCAUCGACUUGGCCGUAUGGGCCUGUAUAUCUCAGGCCCGGUGCCAUUCACAAGAAGAAGAAGAAGAAGAAGAUAGCACACCUUGUUACUUACACCAUGAAGAAUCAAGAAAAGCGUCUUGUUAUUAUAUUGGAGAAUGCCCAACUGGAAUCUGUGAAAGUUGGAAACAGUUUUGAGCUAUUAAACUGUGAUGAUCAUAUAAAUAUUUUAAAGAAAAACAAUCGUGAUCCAGGCACAUGCAGACCAGACAUUGUUCACCAAUGUUUAUUAAUGUUGAUGGACAGUCCAUUAAAUAGAGCUGGACUAUUGCAAGUCUAUAUUCAUACAGAAAAAAAUGUACUGAUAGAAAUUCAUCCACAGACUAGGAUACCAAGAACAUUCAAGCGCUUUGCUGGAUUAAUGGUGCAACUAUUGCAUAAAUUUGGUGUUAGAGCAUCUGAUGGAUCAAUGAAGCUUCUUAAAGUAAUUAAGAAUCCUAUAUCGGAUCAUUUGCCUGUUGGUUGCCAUAAGAUAUUGAUGUCAUUUAGUGCAAACAAAGUAUUAAAUCCACGCGAGUUUGUACCUUCCGAAGAUCCAAUUGCUAUUGUAGUUGGAGCUAUGGCACAUGGCCAAGUUAAAACAGAUUAUACAGAGGAUACCAUCUCUAUCAGUAACUAUCCUCUCUCAGGUGCUGUUACAUGUAGCAAAUUAUGUACAGCAUUUGAAGAAGUUUGGGGUAUUGUUUAAUAAAAAGUCUUUUUUGUAAAAUGCCAAAAUUUUAUAGAUUGGCGUUUUAUAAAGGGCUAGGCUUUUUGUAAAAAAAACAACUGAAUUGCAAAAAAUGUGACAUAUAUAUGUCAGCUAUUUAAUUUGUAAGUUCCUCUGAAAUCUAAACAAUGCUCUAUGUUAAAUUAGUAAAAAUAAAUUUGUUUAAAUAUU